CAUCCAGAGAAUGGAAAUCACUCUUCAGUGACUGAGUUUAUCAUUGCAGGCUUAACAGACAGACCAGAACUCCAGGUUCCUCUUUUCUUCCUGUUCCUAGGGAUCUAUGUGGUUACCAUGGUAGGGAACCUGGGAAUGAUCAUCUUAAUUGUGGUCAGUGCCCACCUUCACACUCCCAUGUACUAUUUCCUCAGUUGUCUAUCCUUCAUUGACCUCUGUCAUUCCACUGUCAUCACCCCUAAAAUGCUUGUGAACUUUGUGUCAGAGAGGAAUAUCAUCUCUUACCCUGAGUGCAUGACUCAGCUCUAUUUUUUCAUCAUUUUUAUAAUUGCAGAAUGUCAUAUGUUGGCAGUGAUGGCAUAUGACCGCUAUGUUGCCCUCUGUAGCCCUCUAUUAUAUAAUGUCAUCAUGUCCUAUCAAUUGUGCUCCUGGUUGGUGGUUGCAGUGGCUACAAUGGCUGUGGUUGGUUCCACGGUUCACACAGGCUGCAUGCUUCGACUUCAUUUUUGCAAAGACUAUAUUGUCAAUAAUUUCUUUUGUGAUGUUCUUCCCCUCUUGAAGCUAUCCUGUUCCAGCACCUACAUCAAUGAAAUAGUACUUCUGGCUUUUUGUUCGUUUAAUGUUUUUGUCCCAACCCUAAUUAUUUGUAGCUCUUAUAUUUUCAUUCUCUUCAGCAUCCUUCAAAUCCAGACCACUGCAGGCAGGUCUAAAGCCUUCAGCACGUGCAGUUCCCAUUUCAUGGCUGUUUCCCUAUUCUUUGGCUCCACUGUGUUCAUGUAUCUGCAGCCUUCUACCAACACCAUGGAUCAGCGGAAAGUGUCCUCGGUGUUUUAUACCAUAGUGAUCCCCAUGUUGAACCCAUUGAUCUACAGCCUCAGGAAUAAAGAUGUCAAGGUUGCAGUGAAGAAAAUUCUAGACAAAAAGGCCUUCUCAUGA